CACAACACACACCCCUCGGAGCUAUAUGUACAUUGUCAGGGCAAUAACCAGCGUCAAUAGAGACAGGUGUUUAUCAGCACCAGUCUCAUAUAAACAGCGGCCACAGGACACGGAAACAGAUGCGACUGUGGCGGCAAAGAUGCUAAGAUUCAGUCUCGUGAUUGCCAUUUUACUUCCCUGCGCGGCAUCUGAUGGCAACCUGCUUGUCAACAGCGAUCUGGAACAGGGUGACUUCAGUAACGCCAACAGUGGCUGGUUUGGGAGAAGGUGCUCCACCUCCCUCAGCUCUGACAGCUACACGGGCAACAACAGUGUGCGGGUAUCCAACAGACAAGCGAAAUGGGCAGGUAUCGCCCAGUCCAUCAGUGUAGAGGCAGGGAAACAAUACUUCUUCAGUGGCUUCAUCCAACUUCUCAACACAGCUGCUGGCAAGAUGACGGCAGAGGUUACCGUCACGCUCAAUUAUCGCAAUACCGUCACAGGUGCGAAGAAGUAUGUGCAUGUUUCUAGUGUGAGGUUCAUGCAGCCCAACAUGUGGCAGCGAAUUGGCGGGGAUAUCACCAUCCUUUCAGGAUAUGACAAGUACAUCCUGUACAUACAAGUGUACUCUCCCGUGGUAGACUACCUGCUGGACACAACGUCACUCACGGAGCUCCCGUCGCUGCCUGGGAACUGGGACGUUGCUGCCGACGCCACCAUUGACGCCAUUCGUAAAACGGACAUCAACAUUGUUGCUACUUCCGGCAGAGUGGAUGGAGUGACUGUGGAGAUACAACAACUAACAAGUGAGUUCGGGUUCGGCACUGCAGUGAGCGCUGACAGAAUAGUCCAAAGCAGCAACUACACAGCCUAUCAGAACUUCUUCUAUGACAACUUUGAGUGGGCAACUAUUGAAAAUAAGCUGAAGUGGUCACAGACAGAGAGAAAUAAGGAUGUUUUAACCUACGACGCUGGGGUGACCGCUGUGAACGAGCUUGUUGAACGAGGCAUUAAGGUGCGAGGCCACACUGUCUUCUGGGGCGUGCCUACAAAGGACCCUGCCUGGGUUCAGUCUCUACAAGGGGAUGCGCUCGUACAGGCGAUGGUGGCGCGGGGGAUGAAUGUGACGUCAAGGACUCUAGGGAAACUUGAACACUGGGACGUGAACAAUGAAAACGUUCAUGGCAACUUUUACGAGGAGGCUACAGGACAUGUAAACAUCACAAUGGACAUAUUCUCCGCCGUCCGCUCCAUGGAUCCCAAGCCUAAACUCUUCCUCAAUGACUUUGCUAUAGUCAGUUCAGGACAGUUUACUCAGGCAUAUCGAACCCAAGCCAUGAUGUUCCGGAGUGAAACACCUGUGUAUGGCGUAGGGAUCCAGAGCCACCUGAAGCCUCCCCUAGAUCUGACGCUCAUCAAGCACCGCCUGGACCAGAUAGUGGAGGUAGGGCUGCCGAUAUGGAUCACCGAGCUGGACAUUGACGAGCCUGACCAGAACAAGAAGGCUGGACUCCUCGAGGACGUGCUGCGCCUGUACUUCAGCACCCCCGCCGUACACGGCGUCACACUGUGGGGGUUCUGGGACGGCAAGAUAUGGAACACUGAUGCUGCUCUGGCUAACGGAGAAUCUGUCACGCCAAAUGCAGCUGGGGUGAGAUGGCAUCAACUAGUGAAACAGGACUGGCGGACACACGAAACACAUUCUCUGGCGGAUAGAACAGUCAGGACUCGUGGAUUCAAGGGGAACUAUUCACUUCGAGUCAAGAAGGAUGGGACAACUGUUCAAGAGCAACAGUUUACACUCGGUUCCUGCGGAGCAGAGAUAUCGCUUAAUCUUUAGCUGGCCAUCAUUAUCUGUCGACUAUAAAAACACUUGAUUCACGGAAAUGGCGUCAUGUCAAUAAAUUUAAAUACAUUUCGUUAAUAAAUUGAUCAUUGUAAGUACGGGAAGGUGAAUCUAGAGUUGAACAUACGUUACGUUCUUUGCUCGUUUUUGGUCAAUUGUAAUGGUAAAUAAUUCAUGGAAGAAUAAUAAAAAUAUUUAAAGACGC